AUGACCGGUUUCAAUGAAGGUCCAGUCAAGAGAUAAACAAGAGAGGAAACUGGGGAGUAAUGCAUAUUUUAAAUCAUUAUUGAAAUAAUUUAACUAUGUUAUUUUGAAUAACCAAAGUAAUUUGUAUUUUUUUCGUGUUGAAGUUAUUCCCUUAAGACCCAAAGGCCGUACGACUACGGGAUAAAGUGGGAAUAAGCUAGCUAACGUUAGCUAAGAUGUAAACUCACUGACGCUAACUGUAGUAAGAUUUCAUAUUUUCCAUUUACCUGUUACUACUCUAGCAGACUAGCUAGAUAUUUUUCACGUCGACACGUUUGUAGCUGGUUAUCUAUCAAUAAUUUAUCAUUUUGGCCUGGGAUCUGUUUAUUCUAUUUCCAGACCAGUCAAGGCAAACCCAACUAUAUUAGCUGGGCAGCUGCAAGUUGUGAAUUAUGUUGACUUCAUACUCAUGAUUUUAGUUAAGUAGAAUUGACCAUUUUGUUGAGUUGGUUCACUGUUGGGAUCUGAAACAAUAUGUGUUCAAACAAAUGAUGUAAAACUAAUACUUGAUUUCCAACGCAGAUCACUUUCCAGGGCAUUACGGCUGUGCGCAAUUGAUAGCUAACGUCAUGUGUUUUCAGCAGUGGCUAGCCCGGCACCUGGCUGACUAAACUUUUGCAGGGUGUUAAUGUGACACAUUUUAAUUUACUCUCGAGAUGUAAGUCAUGGUUGAACUCUAGCUAUUGCAUUUAAAGGCGCGUGUUAAUGCGCACACACGUGGUUUCGAUGUUUGUUUCUCUUUAGCUAGCCAGCUAGCUGCCAGGCUGGGCAGCAGUAGAGAAGCGUUCGUAGCUGGCUGUCCAAGCUUGCUAGUUACUUUUGCUAUGGCUGAGCCCCGGAGGGUGCAGUUGACCAGUCUUCCCAGCAAUAUCCCUCCCCCUUCAACUUUAUUGAAGAUUCCCCAAAAACAGGAGACGACCGUUACAACACCAGCAAACGCUUUGCAUACGGCCAUUACAGGAAAGUCAGAAACUGCGCGACUUGUCCUCGCUCUUUUCGAGCCUGAUCAGCGGCGCUGUCCAGAGUUUUAUUAUCCUGAACUUGUGAAGAAAAAGGGUGGAAAUAAACGCAAGAAGGAUCGCAUGCAGGACCUGAUUGAUAUGGGCUAUGGCUAUGAUGAAACCGAUUCAUUCAUUGACAACUCAGAGGCAUAUGAUGAGCUGGUGCCAGCCUCUCUCACAACAAAGUAUGGAGGAUUUUACAUAAAUUCUGGAACACUUCAGUUUAGGCAAGCAUCUGAGUCUGAAGCUGAUGAUGAUUUCACAGAAGACAUGAAGAAACUCAAAGCUCCAAAGAAGAAAAAACUGAAAGAAGGAGGUGAUGUAAAAUUAAUCAAAAAGAAGACAAAAGAAGGACAGCAUAAAAAAUCAAAGGUUUCAAAGAUAGGCAUUAUGCCUCUGAAUUCGACUGAAGACAAAAAGAAAAAAAAGAAGCAUGCUGGUGCCCUGAGCGUCAAUGAGAUGCUGAAGAAAUUCCAAAGAGAGAAAGAAUCCUCAGAAAAAGAUGAUUCAAAGCCAUUGCAGAGUAGCCAGCCCGUGAUCCUGUCUGCUCGAGAGAUGGACCCCAACUUAAAUGUGGCAGAUCCUCUUCUCUCCCUCAUUGGCUCUGCCAAUGAGAGUGAUCUCUUCCAGGCAGCUAGUACCAUUGACUUUGAUAUUGACCUGGACAAACUCCUCUCUGAAUCUUCAGAGCCUAGUCCCCCAGGAUUGGAUGAGAAUAGCGACCCUCUGUCAACAGGGCAAUCUCAGAAGCAACCUCCCAUUCUCCCUGAAGGAUUGCCACCGACAUUGGAGCGGAGAAUUAAAGAACUCACUCAGGCUGCUAAAGCCUCAGAGGGAGAGGGGAAGCAGAAGUUUUUUACCCAGGACAUAAACAAUAUGUUGCUUGACAUUGAGCUUCAGUCCAGAGAGCUGAACAGCCAGAUGCGCUCUGGGAUCUAUGCGCACCUGGCCUCUUUUCUCCCAUGCAGCAAGGACACACUGGUGAAAAGAGCCAAGAAGCUACAUUUACAUGAGCAGGAUGGCCGUCUCAAAGAACCACUUCAAAGACUGAAAGAAGCCAUUGGCAGGUCAAUGCCUGAGCAGAUCACCAAGUACCAGGAUGAGUGUCAGGCUCACACUCAAGCCAAAUUUGCUAAAAUGCUGGAGGAGGGGAAGGAGAAGGAACAGAAAGAGAAGGCAUGCUCAGAUGAAGAUGAGGAUGAAGAGAAGAGUGGAAAGAGGGUUAUGGGACCAAGGAAGAAAUUCCAGUGGAAUGAGGAGAUAAGGGACUUUCUUUGCAAUGUUGUCAGAUUGAAAAUGGGCAGCUAUGAACUGGAGAGAAACAAGUCCCAGAAUGCAGAGGAAUACCUGAAGGCUUUUCUGGAGGCUGAGGUUAAACCACUUUGGCCAAAGGGAUGGAUGCAAGCAAGGAUGUUGUUCAAGGAGAGCAGGAGAGCACACAGUUACAUCACCUCUGUACCGACCAAAAAGAAAGUAAUAACUGCUCCAAAAAUAAGAAUGAAGGAGCCAUCUGUGAAGCCCGAGAGAAAAGUGACCUCCUUGGGCACAGCAACGACCCCCUCCGGAAGCACCUCAGCGCUGGUGUCUGGUUCUGGAAACACCACCGCAUUGGUAUCUAGCUCUGGAAGCACCUCGUUGGGACCGCCAGCUUCCUCUUCGUGCCACAGUGCUCAGGUCCACAGUAGCCCUAUGAGCAGUGCUGCCCCUCAGCCCUUCAGUAUGGACAAUUCACUGGAUGGAGAUUUAAUUCAUAACCCCCCGUCCCUGGGAGCCGUCUCCGAGGAGCUGGCUGCUCUGAACACUGACGUGAGGGCCAGUCCUGACUUCUGCUUUCCCGCAAUGCGCAAGUCCUCCCCCAACAACGCGGCCGUGUUGGCGCUGCAGGAAGAGAGGAAGGCUGUGCCGAAGCCGUCCACCUCCACAUCCGUGACUUCAAUGACGAUGUCACAGUCACCACUCAAUCUUUUAGCAGAGCAAGCGCUUGCACUUGGGCAGCUCUCACAGGACAGGAAGGCCGACAGCUCCCAGCUUUUGAUUCUACCCGGCUACAAAGAGCUACUGUCCCAGGCAUCUUUGUCUACUGCCAAAGCCCUGUCAGACAACAUGCAAGCCAAGCAAAGGAUCUUCAGUUUGCCAAGAACAAGCCAGUCGUCCUUAUCCAGUCCUUUACCAUCUCCAGCCCUGAAGCCUUUAGUCCAGCACAGCCAACACCAGAAGCGCUUUGCUGCACCAGCGCAGUAUAACUUGGGCACUUCCCAAAGCAAAGCAUCAAAGUACUUUCCUUCAUGCCCAGGCGUGCAGCAGCCCAAAGUCACAUCAAAACCACCAGCGUUUCACUCUCUCCCCUCCCCUUCAGCAAACAACGGUCACCCAGCGUCGAUCAGCAUAGCCAGCAUGAUUCCCUCUCAAGGGUCUUCCCAGGGCUACCUGUCGAAACACAGUGCCACGCCCAGCCUGCCCUUCAAGCCUGCGUUCUCCCUGCCCAGCGUCUCCCAGAGCGUAGUGACACAGAGUGGCUCUGGCUUGCUCGGAUCUGGCACCAGCGUGAUUGCAUCGCACAAGUCCCCCACUCCCAGCCAGGCCCCAGGCCUGCAGUUGGCCAGCUCAAGUCACACAGUAAAGAAAGCUCCCGCCUCUCAGAAACUCACGUUGGUGGCGCCCCCCGGUGGUUCAAAUGGGGACCCUGCUGUGGGCACUCAGGGUGUAGCCAGACUCCUCACCUCCUCACUGAACCCUGCUGUGGCAGCCCCGGUCUCUGCUGCCGUCACAGCUGUGAGUCCGGUCACAAAGAGCUCUACUGGAGCAUCUGUGCUUUCAAGUUCUCCGUGUCUUAACCUCCUCUCGCCAUCAUUUACCACGGCUGGCCAGAAUCUGACGCAGGGAACUCUGGGAAUUCUCCCCGGGAUCGUCCCCAUGCACACGUUCAGCUUCCCUGUAAUCUCCUUCAACCCCGACUCCACAUCCCAAACACUGGGAUCAAAGGACGCCAUCGUCACAGGGCCUGCCCCUGGUACAUACCACCAUGGCCUCACUCACAGUAUUUUUGGUGGUUUGCAUUCUAGCCCUCUCCACCCACCGCAGCUCCCACAAUCCACUUUGUCCUCCCAUUUACAGCAAAGUCUGCAAGAUGGGAGCCAAGACCAAGGAGAGGCCCCAAAUGCACAGAGAAAGCUGCAGUGAAGUCUUAAAGGAUGAAAAAGGCACUGGCUUUAAUGGCUUUAAUAUCCUUUAACAAUUAAAUAAUGAGAUUUGGUCCAAUUCUGUUGUGGUUAUUAUUGACGGAUUGUCUCCUAAUGUACA